UUUCACGAGUCGGUCUAUAUAGGGCUGUAUCGCCCCGUCGUAUAAAGGGCGGCGCGUGUGGGCGCUGCCGGAUUCAAGAUCCACGACUACGACCCACAACGACCGACAACGAUUAUCACUAUUAUAACGACUUCGACAGCAACAUGCCACAUCGGACGAAUGUGCACUUUGAGGAGGAGGCAGAGGUGAUCCCGCCCUCGCCGUCGGGGACGAGGGCGGCGGAGGUGCCACCGACGACGCCGGCACUAGCGUCUACGGCAACGUUGGCACCUGCGCAUACGGCAGCGUCGAUGCCCGGCGAAGCAGCGCGGGUGCCGACCGAAGCACGCUAUGCGCAUAACGGAGUAGCGUACGCGCCCACUCGAUCAGAGUCGGAGCCAUCACCUUCGCCUUCGAAUGCGCCCGGUCUGGCGGCUUCGAAUGCGCCUGGGCCGACGACAGCUUCGCAUGCGCCACACAGGCGCCCGGGCUAUGCGCAGACGCCAUACCAUCGGCCGGCGAGCAUCGAGUCUGACGGGGAGGAGGUUACUGCGGCCACUGUACCCCCUCGACCGUUGCCGUCUGCGCGACCGUCAGCGCCUGUCAGGCCGUCAUCGCCGGUACUCGGCUCGUCGCCUUCGCCUUCGAAUGGCUCGACAUCAUCGGCAUCGUAUGGCUCAACAUCAUCGCCUUCGCAUGGCUCGUCAUCCUCGGCCUCGUAUGGCUCGUCACCCUCGCCAUUCCAAGACACUCCCCGGCCGUCGCGGCAUGCUCCUCAGGUAUCAGAGGCCACUCCUCGUCCUACUCCCAACAGCAUCCCGUCUCACCAGCAGACCCCUCGCCAGCCUUAUCACACUCACUUAUACAACGUCCCGCCAACGACGUCGUCCGACCAGUCGACCUCGUCGACCUCCUCUUCCAGCGACGUCAGAGUCCAUGGGCUGCUAGCUUACAGGCCUAGCCGCGCACUUGGCCUGACCUGGGACUUCGCCCGUUCCUUCACCAGCAACGUCGAUCGCGCGAUGGCGGCCGGUAUCAAGCUCGAUGACCCCGCCACGCAGCCCGCCACCCGCGGCGCCGACAUCGACAUCGUCACGCCGUGCGGUACCGCCCACGUAUCCCCCCGUGCCACGGACUACGUCCAGGUCAUCGACGUCCUGCGGUCGCUGCACGCGCACUUCUGCACGCCCGUGACGGAUGCGGAAUACCAGGAGGCGCUCAAGCAGGACCCCGAUGCGGAGAUCAGCAGUACCUUCUGGAAGCGGUGCGAUGCGAUCCGGGAUGCUGCUGUUCGGCAGCAGGAGGUUAGUCGGGGCGUCCUGCAUCUCGACUCGCUGCUGGGGAAGACGCGGCUUGCUGGCCUUGCGAAGCGGCGCGCGCCCGGCGAGUGGGAGCUGAAGACGCUGCCGAGGGACAGUGGAGCCGCGCCGUCAUGAGCUGGCGGGGCAGCGUCGUCCUAAGCGGGGAUGCGGAGCCCUGAGCGGGUACGGAGGAUCCUCCUCAAUACUCGAGCCCUGUCGAACCGUUG